UUAUUUUUAUUUGGACAAUCCCACUUUAUAUGACCCCCUUCUUAUGACACUGGUCCUUAAAGAUGGCUUGUGACCAUAAUUGACCAAAGGGCAAGCAAACCGUACAUUCCCAUGGCCUCUUCCACCGACAGAACCAUAGCUCUGAAGGAGUUCGAUGAUACCAAAACCGGCGUCAAAGGUCUCGUUGACUCCGGCAUGACCUCCCUUCCGGCCAUCUUCCACCAUCCCAGAGCCCACCUCUCAAUGCCCGCAGCCACCAGCCACCUUUCAAUUCCUACAGUGGAUCUCUCCGUCCCACGCCCCAUCGCUGUCGAUCUCAUCCGCUCCGCAUCUCGAGACUGGGGCGUCUUCCAGGUCAUCAACCACGGCAUACCUCUCUCCACGAUUCAAAAUACCACCUCCGCCAUCAGGUCCUUCCACGAGCUCUCCGCCGCCGAGCGAUCUCAAUUCUACACGCGUUCCCGAGAUCCCGGCUUCAGCUACAACUCAAACCUGGAUCUAUUCCUUUCUGCGGCGGCGACCUGGAAAGACACAUUGAGGGUGUCGUUCAGUCCCAUCCGACCAGAUGUGGACCAGAUCCCGGAGGUUUGUAGGGCGGCGCUGGUAACGUGGGACGAGUGUCAGAAGGAGGUGGCGAGAGAAGUGAUGCAGAUGAUGUGUGAGGGGCUCGGAGUGGACCCAAAGAGGCUGGAGGCCAUGACAUGUCUGGAGGGGAGGACGACGGUGGCACAUUAUUACCCGCCAUGUCCGGAGCCAGAUCGGGCGCUUGGGACGGUUGAUCACACGGAUGCCGGGCUUUUGGCAUUUCUGAUUCAAGAUCAGAUUGGGGGACUGCAGGUGAAGAGUGAAACGGAUGAGUGCUGGGUUGACGUGAAGCCCAUUCCUGGAGCUCUCGUUGUCUUUGUUGGUGAGUUGCUUCAGAUAAUUUCCAACAAUGAGUACAAGAGUUCACACCAUAGAGUGAUGGCUAAUUCUAGCGAUGAACCAAGAGUAUCAGUUAUUUCAUUUUAUAAUCCAGGAAGAAAGGAUGAGUCAGAUUUGUAUGGUCCUUUACCGGAGCUACUAUCAGAUCAAAAGCCAGCUUGUUAUCGCAAUUUGAAUAUGGUAGAACUUAAUAAAGUUUUUCGGAAAGAGCCAAUAGGCAAUAAAGUCGUUCUUAAAUAUUAUAAGCUCCCCUAAAAUGACUUUGAGCUCAAGUGUUUGGUUUGAAAUUAGAAUAAGUUGUGAUAGUCAUCGACAUAAUUAGAACCAAGUUUUAAUUUGUAUGAGUGGACAAACUUUUAUGCACUUUAUGUAAUUGAAUUCAUGAGUGCAAAUUUUGAAGUAAAAUGGAUAUUUUGCAAGUGAAA